AAUGAGAAUAUGGUUUGAUUGGCUCUUGGAGAUAAUUUUAAAACAAAACAGUUAACUUGCAGGUGGAGCUACCUGUGUUUUCUUUCCCCUUUAGCUUCAAGAUACCACACCCAUGUCUCUUUCACUCUCUCUCACGUGCUCACCCUGAUGUGUCUGAGCGUCAUAGUGUUCUUCAUGCUGUACAUACAAGGAUCAGACAACACCUAUUGUGUCACAGAAAACGGGUAUACAGUUCGAUUGGGAGAUGUUUGAGUCCAAGUGCUUUGCUUUAGGGCACUGCUAUGUAUGCUUUAGCAGCAUGCGGAGAGCCAUGCUCAUCUUGCUCCAGGUCCUGACUCUGAGUCAGUACCCCUGGGCCCAGGAGGACCUAACAGCCAUCUCACCACAGGACUGCAGUCUGGAAUGUGUCCUGCAGGGGGGUCCAGGAUGUGAAUACUGCAGAAUCAGCAGAGAAGAUGUUGGAAGAACCCUAGGCAUUCGCUCUGUCGAAGCAUUUGGAAGUUGUGUUCCGUGGCCAUGUUUUGUCUUUCUGGGUGGACAGAGCUCUGACGUGUGCCAGCAUUAUGUCCAUGCUCCACACGAUGUGACUGUAGAGUUCGUAGCUGAUGAGAACACUAAAUAUGACACUAUCGUUGUCUCCUGGCAACCCAGCCAGUUUGGGAUCGCCUUCCUCAGAGGGUUCCAGGUCUCCCUUCAGGCCUUGGGAGGAUCUCAUAUGGCCUGUCAGCUUUUUCUUUUUCAAAUCAAUAUUUCUCUCUCUGCCUCACAUGCCCAAACGGUGUACCAGUCAGACACCUUCUCCCGUCUAACCCUGGGGGCCCAGUAUGCUGUCACUGUGAUGGCCCUGCCAGUUCCUGAGUUGUGGGAUCAAUUCUAUCACAGCACAAUGUUCUCCACACGCACAUGCCCAGAGAAAAACGGACUUGAACAUUGCAAGAAAGAUUGGUACCCAAAACAUAUAGAAGUUCAGCAGGAAGAGCAUGACGUUAUUGUGACGUUCAACCUUGCUCCCCCACGUUUUGGAAUCGACCGAUACUUCUCAUUAUGCUACGGAGAGGGGCGGCAGGGAGGAGGUGGCCCGAAGAGAUACAUCAUUAAACCUAAUCCCACAGAAAACAGAACUCACUACAGUUAUCAUCUCCAAGGCCUGAUGGUAGGGUUUAACUACACAUGUGAGAUCGCAGUUGAUGAGGUAGACGCUGUAAGAAAAACAUUCAAUGUUCAAGUGAUGCAGAUUAAGCACGACCCACCUGCCACUCCAUUCCCGACCCUGCUGCUCCCUGUUGGCGUUGCCCUGGCAGCCAUGAUAGUGGUGUUAUUACUGGCUGUCAUCUGGAAGAAUCCCAGGCAGAUUAGGAGGAAGACGGAGAUAAAUCCAGAAAUAAUCGAGCAACAUCAUGGCAAGAAUGGGAACGAGGAACAUGUGUCACUGACCAGCAGGUUAACUCCGCCUCGACUACUGAUUUGCUACAGCAGCGAUGACGGCCAUGCCCACGUCCGAGCGGUAAUGCAACUAGCAGUCUUCCUGCAGCAGCACAUGGCAACACAGGUGUUUCUGGACCUGUGGGAUUCUCUAAGCUUGGCAGAGGAGGGGACCAUGGGAUGGCACUGCAGAAGGAUCCAGGAGAGUGACUUUGUUCUGGUCGUCUGUUCCCGGGGACUACGGAGGCGGCCAACGGAGAGAGAUGCGGGGGAAAGCAGAAGCUCCGCUGCAGCUGUAGUAUCCCUGAUGGGAGAAGAGCUUGGCCGUGCCAAAGCCAAGGGGAGAGACAUCUCCAAGUACAUGGCUGCCAUAUUUGAGUACUCUGAGGAGAAGGACAUCCCUGCCGAGCUAGGGUUUGUGUCACGCUACACCCUAACUAGAGACUUGCCUUUGCUCUUCUCCCACAUCCAUGGUGUGGCCCUACAUAAGCCUGGGGGUUAUCUGAGAAUAGAACACAUUACAGAGGAGGGUUACACCAAACUGCCAGCCGGUGCUGCUCUACAGUGGUCUAUAUAUGAAGCUGGCAUGGCAUUGACUAAUCAUCAGGAAUCAUGUGAUGAAUGGGAAGGUAAAUCUCAAGACAAUCAUGUGGAAUGUGUGUGAGCAUCCCAGUUGGGCCCUGCACUGCAAACUCCGGGGCAAUUGACUUAUGACGACUGUAUUACCAGUAUCAUUAAAACACUUCUUUCCAAAGUG